AUGUUUGAAAAGGCAAAGCAUUUGUUGACCAAGAUUGGUGUCUAUGCACUCUUGAGGUAUGCUAUCCAUCUCAUAACAGCUUCAUUGUUGGCAUGUCAAAAGCGGAAGCGAAAUAUUGUGGAGAUGGAGGAUUUUACCCUAGUUUACCAUCUGUUUUUGGAUGUGAAGAGAUCAACACAAUACUUGAUGGAGUAUCAGAGUCGCUACAUGUUCAGUGAGGAAGGCGAUAAAGAUGAUACCAAUGCCAUGCAAUCUUGA